CCCUCCUCUCUCUGUGGUUAGGGCUCCACUUGGGCCCCGCCUCCUCGUUGACUAGCCUUUUGCGUGCAGAAAGGGAAGCCUCCAGGAUUCCUCCCGGCUUUGGUUCUGCGCAUGGGUAGCAGUAGUAGUAGCGUACGCGCCAAAUGUUCUCUCCCUUGUCCUCUGCGCGCGCUUGACGUCUUCGCUGGCUCCGCCCCCCGCUCCUUUCCCGCUAGGUUGGUGUUUGCGACCGCCACACUUGACGGCUGGUGGGUUCCCCCCUUGACUCCCCCAUCCUCGCUGGUUGUCAGGGUGGCUCGCUUUACGGCCCGGCGGCGAUGGCGGAGGGAGAGCGGGCGGAGAACAGCGGCGGCGGAGGAAGCUCUGGGCGACCGCCUCAGGAGGGCGAGCCGGGGACGCUGGAGCGGGCCGAGGCCCUGAAGACGCAGGCCAAUGACUACUUCAAAGCAAAAGACUAUGAGAAUGCCGUGAAGUAUUACACCCAGGCCAUUGAACUGAAUCCCACCAACGCCAUCUAUUAUGGCAACCGGAGCCUGGCCUACUUGCGGACGGAGUGCUAUGGCUAUGCGCUGGCUGAUGCCACCAAGUCCAUCGAACUGGACAAGAAGUACAUCAAAGGCUAUUAUAGGCGGGCCACUAGCAACAUGGCCCUGGGCAAGUUCAAGGCGGCCUUGCGAGACUACGAGACUGUUGUCAAGGUGAAGCCGAAUGACAAGGAUGCCAAGAUGAAGUACCAGGAGUGCAAUAAGAUUGUGAAGCAGAAAGCCUUUGAGCGGGCCAUCGCCAGUGACGAGCACAAGCGGUCUGUAGUGGACUCGCUGGACAUAGAGAACAUGACCAUUGAGGAUGAGUAUAGCGGCCCAAAGCUGGACAACGGGAAAGUGACGCUUGAGUUCAUGAAGGAAUUAAUGCAGUGGUACAAAGAUCAGAAGAAACUCCACAGGAAAUGUGCCUACCAGAUCUUGGUACAAGUGAAAGAGGUGCUAUCAAAACUCCCCACCCUAGUAGAAACUCCGUUAAAAGAGACAGAGAAAAUUACUGUCUGUGGAGACACCCAUGGGCAGUACUACGAUCUUCUGAAUAUAUUUGAAUUGAACGGACUGCCGUCGGAAAUGAAUCCAUAUAUAUUCAACGGGGAUUUUGUUGAUCGCGGCUCCUUCUCAGUGGAGGUGAUAUUAACGCUCUUUGGUUUUAAGCUGCUGUAUCCAGACCAUUUCCACCUACUUCGAGGGAACCAUGAAACAGACAAUAUGAAUCAGAUCUACGGGUUUGAGGGAGAAGUCAAAGCCAAAUACACAGCCCAGAUGUUUCAGCUCUUCAGCGAGGUCUUUGAGUGGCUGCCUCUGGCCCAGUGCAUCAAUGGCAAAGUCUUGAUAAUGCACGGCGGGCUCUUCAGUGAAGACGGCAUAACGUUAGAUGAUAUCAGGAAGAUUGAGAGGAAUCGGCAACCUCCAGAUUCAGGUCCCAUGUGCGACUUGCUCUGGUCAGACCCUCAACCCCAGAACGGCCGGUCAGUCAGCAAACGUGGCGUGAGCUGCCAGUUUGGGCCCGACGUCACCAAAAGCUUCCUGGAGCGCAACCAUUUAGACUACAUCAUCCGCAGCCACGAGGUCAAGCCUGAAGGCUACGAGGUGGCGCACGACGGCAAGUGCGUCACCGUCUUCUCAGCCCCCAACUACUGUGACCAGAUGGACAAUAAAGGUUCCUACAUCCACUUGCAAGGCUCAGACUUGCGACCGGAAUUCCACCAGUUCACAGCAGUGCCUCAUCCGAAUGUCAAGCCAAUGAUGUAUGCCAAUUCUCUGCUGCAGCUGGGGAUGAUGUAAGCUGCCCUUCACCUCUGCCGGCUCGCGCCCCCCUCCUCAACCUUCUUCCUUCCUGCCUGGAGAGUCAUGUGCUAGGCAAACGACAGCGGUUUUCUUGUCCUUUUCUUUCCGUUUUAUUUUUACAUUUCUUUCCAACAUCAGCCUUCACUACAACGCAGGGGUUAUCUUUUGGGCAAGGGAAUGAAGGGGAGGGUGGAUCAGCCUGAGCACCUACUACAGGGGAGGGAUUGCCGAGGACUGCGUAUGUAACACGCCCUCAACCCAAAGGCAGGAACUGGCCCGGGUCUCACUAACGCUGUGUAUGCAGAGAUACACAUAUAGAAAACGCCAGCCAGGGUGUUAGGAACAACUGGUGGGUGUUUUUUUAAUAUAUUGGUAGAUUGUAUUUAUCUGCUCUGAUUUCUUCCCCCAACCCUUGCUCUCCUUCACUGUCUUUUCCCCCACUUGAUAGCCCUCUUGAUCUCCUGUCUGGAGCAGGGGUUGAAGGCUGUCUGUGUCAGCCAGUAUGCUGCCUCUCGCCUACCCCUGCCCCCCAAACUGAUGCUGUUGUCCUGGAAGACAGAGUGUGGCUGCAUUAGGUGUGCAAACACACAAGCCGUGUGUGGUUCCCUAAUGGCAAAUAAUGUCUUUCGUUGGCACGUUCUGAGUUUAGGCAGCCAAAGAUCAGGGGGUCAGUCCCAAGAGGGGGAAGGGGUGUCAGGUGAACAGCUGUGUCUCUCCCCCUGAUAAGCAUUGUCAUCUCAUAACAAACCACCUGGGGUCUGUCAUAUCUUUGACAGGUAUGGAAGGAAAGAUUCUCAGCUACUAGUCAGCACCUAGUUUCCAACAAACCAGCCCCCCCAAUUUUCCAUGAUAUCUAGUUGGUGCCAUCAGAGAGAGAGAGAGUUUUUCCUUCCGUCUUGAAGCCAACUGUGAAGAAUGACUAGAUGGGCAGCUGGAGACUUGUAUGUGGGCUGAGUUUAGCCCCUGCCAGCCUUUUCCUGGCUGCUGUCCUCAGCUGUUUCAUUGCAAGCAUUGCAGAGAGCAAAGUGGUUUCUUUGUGGCAAUGUGGGGCAGAGAGAGGGAGAUGUUCAGGAAGGGGACUGGGGAGAAGAUAGGGCUGACCCUUGGCUUUCUGGACCCCCAUCAUUCCCGCCUCACAGGGGUUUGUGCUGUGGAAGUUUUUUGCGAGGGAACAAUUCAUCUGUGCAUUUUUACGACUCUCCCAUCUUCAGUCCUGCAGGCUUUUGGGAGCCAUUUGUCCUGGGGACUCUGCUUCUUGGGCUGUGAGCCUCUUGGGAUCCUUCUCAGUUUUUCUUACCUGGAGGGAUCCCUCUUUGUCCACGAUAGGCUCCUGUGUCAGUGUCUUGAGAAGGUCAGGAUCCUCUGACUCCCAACUCUCUAGGGACCUUCCAGCUUUGAGGUCUCACUGGGCUCAGUUUCUUGAGAAAGAGGCAAAGACCAAUCUUAGUCCCGCUUCAUCUCAGCCUGGCAGUGGAGAUGAGGAGAACCUCCCGUCUGCCUCCUGAUUGCCGCAUGGGUGAUCGUCCAUCCCUUGCUUCCUUCGGCUCAAGCUUUUAAAGUUUUCUUCAGUAGAAAUACAUGACAGAAAAUGUAGGUGGGAGAAAAAAUCUGGCCUGAGGGGGACCAGCCUUGCCAAAGGGCCGAGGAACUGGAAAAUGGAAAUGUUUUUUAGGUUGCCCCCAUUUUUCUCCACUUCCCUGAAGACCGACCCCCCCCCACGCACCCUUGGGACCUCCCCAUUCUCACUCCUGUUCUGGGAAGGCAUCGCCAUUUUUGCUUUCCCAAACGGAAACGAGGCUGCUUCUUUUCCUUUGUGGCCGAAAAGAAAAACCAGCGAAUAUUCCAGGAGGACUUUUGAAUGUUCUUAUUUUCCACGCUGACCAUGGAGGGUUUUUAUACAUCCAGGAUAUCCCUUCCACUUGCCCUCCUACCUAUUGAGCUGUUUUACUGUCUGUAAUUAAAGAAGAGAUGUUAAAAUAAAGUAACUAUUGAAAGAC